AAUUCUUUUGUGACAUUCACUUAAAAUAUUUUUCGUUGUAAAGCUUUUAAUUUUCAAAUUUACGUUAUUUUAAAUCGUCUGCUUUGAAUUCUCAAGCAUUUAUCGAAUAUUAAAAUGAGUGAAGGUGAAAUAAAAUCAGAUUUAUCAGAUCCAGUAGGAUUUCUUAAGGAUUUCAUGGCCGGUGGUAUAUCGGCGGCUAUUGCCAAAACUGCAAUGGCACCCAUUGAACGUGUCAAAUUGAUUCUACAAGUUCAAGCCAUAUCGAAACAAAUUUCGACUGAAAAGCAAUAUAAAGGAAUGAUUGACUGCUUCGUAAGGAUUCCUAAAGAGCAAGGUUUUCUCUCUUUGUGGCGCGGCAAUUUAGCUAACGUCAUUAGAUACUUUCCAACUCAGGCAUUGAAUUUUGCCUUUAAGGAUAAAUACAAACAGAUCUUUCUGAGUGGAGUAAAUAAAAAGGAGCAGAAGGGACGUUACUUUUUGGGAAACUUGCUAUCUGGUGGUGCUGCGGGUGCUACAUCUUUAAUUUUUGUUUACCCAUUAGAUUUUGCGCGUACCCGCUUGGCUGCUGAUGUUGGAAAAACCGGGCAGCGAGAAUUCAAUGGACUACUUGAUUGUUUGGUGAAGAUAUUUAAAAGUGAUGGGUUCAUCGGAUUGUAUCGUGGUUUCAUUGUUUCUGUACAAGGAAUUAUUAUGUAUCGUGGCGCAUAUUUUGGUUGCUAUGACACAGCGCGCGAGCUAAUGCCAGACCCAAAGAACUCACCGCUAUGGCUUAACUUUUUGAUUGCGGAAGCUGUAACUACUUUUGCGGGCAUAGUUUCUUAUCCAUUUGAUACAGUACGGCGCCGUAUGAUGAUGCAGUCCGGCGUGAAAUCAGGAGAGCGCAUUUAUAAAAAUACAGCACAUUGCUGGUUAGUUAUUGCUCGGACAGAGGGACCAUUGGCCUUUUUUAAAGGCGCAUUUUCCAAUGUAAUACGAGGUACAGGUGGAGCUCUAGUUUUGGUUAUGUAUGAUGAAAUUAAAAAGUUAAUGAAUUAAAAUAUUUUUUUUUUAUGAAAUUGUUUACAUAACUC